UGUUAAUCGCGGUAAGAUCGGGAAUAGACAAAAGGUGUAGUUCCAGCUUCCUUCGAUAGCAAAUUACGGUGGGAAGUGGGAAAAAGGUCAGCAGCAGGAGAACGAUAUGGAUUUUAUCUCGCGGCGAAAAGUGGGUCACAACGAAGGCGCCUGUGCGCACGCUUCGAUUAUCGAUUGAAACGUUACGUGCCUUGGUCCGUACGCUGGAUCUCAUUUAUGUGAACGCAGUGGUGUGCGGAGGUUUGUGGCGGCGAGUUUCUUGCAGUAGAGCAGUGGCUGACAUCUUUCGUUCGUGGUCCGUGCAGAAUCGCAGUUUUUCGGUAAAAAUGCGGUGAAAUUCAAUGUAGACCGACCGUGCCUUCGCGAUAUCGGCCAUUUUGGUAGUGCGCAUUUUACACGAAAAACGGAUAGGAUAACUUCUGGCAGCUACCCUCGACGGUUGUGCGUGGAAGUGGUGGCAGCUCGGUGUCGCCCACAGGACACAGCCGUGAAACUGAAAACGAUCGUGUUCUUGGGUCAGUGAGCACGCAGCCUCGACAAAAUGGCAGGAAACACGGGUAUGGAACAGUUGAUCCCGAUCGUGAACAAGCUGCAAGAUGCGUUCACACAACUUGGGGUGCAUAUGCAACUCGAUCUACCACAGAUCGCAGUGGUGGGUGGUCAGAGUGCUGGAAAAAGUUCCGUUCUCGAGAACUUUGUCGGAAAAGAUUUCUUACCCAGAGGAUCUGGCAUUGUAACCAGAAGACCACUUAUCUUGCAAUUGAUUAACAGUACAACUGAAUUUGCUGAAUUUCUACACUGUAAGGGUAAAAAGUUUGUGGAUUUUGAUGAAGUACGGAAGGAAAUCGAAGGUGAAACUGAUAGGGUGACAGGCAGUAACAAGGGUAUAUCCAACAUACCUAUUAAUUUAAGAGUGUAUUCACCAAAUGUUCUCAAUUUGACGCUAAUUGAUUUACCUGGUCUGACAAAAGUACCAAUUGGGGAUCAACCAGUAGAUAUCGAAGCUCAAAUUAAAGCUAUGAUUUUUCAAUUUAUCAAAAGAGAAAAUUGCCUCAUAUUAGCAGUAACUCCAGCAAACACUGAUUUGGCAAAUAGCGAUGCUCUUAAACUUGCUAAAGAAGUAGAUCCUGAAGGUGUACGUACAAUUGGUGUUAUUACAAAAUUGGAUCUCAUGGAUGAUGGCACCGAUGCAAGGGAUAUUUUAGAAAAUAAAUUACUUCCCCUAAGGCGUGGUUACAUAGGUGUUGUUAACAGAAGUCAGAAAGAUAUCGAGGGUAGAAAAGACAUUAAAAAUGCUUUGGCAGCAGAAAGGAAGUUUUUCCUGAGCCAUCCAUCUUAUCGGCACUUAGCAGAUAGAUUAGGAACACCAUACUUACAGCGAGUUUUGAAUCAACAAUUGACAAAUCAUAUCAGGGACACUUUACCAGCAUUGAGGGACAGAUUACAAAAACAGUUACUUGCAUUGGAAAAGGAUGUAGAACAAUACAAACAUUUUAGACCUGAUGAUCCUGCCAUAAAGACAAAAGCUAUGUUGCAGAUGAUACAGCAGCUUCAGUCAGAUUUCGAAAGGACUAUUGAAGGCUCCGGAUCUGCGCAAAUCAAUACAAUGGAACUUAGCGGUGGUGCUAAGAUUAAUAGAUUAUUCCACGAACGUUUUCCAUUUGAAAUUGUUAAAAUGGAAUUUGACGAGAAAGAAUUGAGACGGGAAAUUGCAUUUGCCAUUAGGAAUAUUCAUGGUAUCAGGGUGGGACUGUUUACUCCUGAUAUGGCCUUUGAGGCAAUAGUCAAGAAACAAAUCAAUAGACUCAAAGAACCUAGUCUAAAAUGUGUGGACUUAGUUGUACAGGAACUCAGUAAUGUUGUACGCAUUUGUACAGAUAGGAUGUCACGUUAUCCUAGAUUGAGGGAAGAAACAGAACGUAUCAUUACCACUCAUAUUAGGCAACGUGAGCAGAUGUGCAAGGAGCAGUUGGUACUUCUGGUGGACUGUGAACUUGCGUACAUGAACACAAAUCACGAAGAUUUUAUCGGUUUCGCCAACGCGGCAGCCAGUAGCCAUAAUGCAAGUGCCCAACAGUCAUCAGAAAAUGCUGUUAAAUCUGGACGCCAUACAUUAGGCAAUCAGGUGAUACGCAAGGGAUACAUGUGCAUUCAUAAUCUUGGUAUAAUGAAAGGUGGAUCCAGAGAUUAUUGGUUUGUCUUAACAUCCGAGAGCAUUUCCUGGUUCAAAGAUGAAGAAGAACGUGAAAAGAAGUAUAUGCUACCUUUAGAUGGCUUGAAAUUGCGUGAUCUGGAACAGGGAUUUAUGUCGCGCCGCCAUUUGUUUGCAUUGUUCAAUCCAGAAGGCAGAAAUGUAUAUAAGGAUUACAAACAACUUGAACUGAGUUGUGAAACGCAGGACGAUGUUGACUCCUGGAAGGCAUCGUUCCUUAGAGCCGGUGUAUAUCCCGAAAAAUCAACGGAGCAAACAAAUGGAGAAGGAGAGGAAGGAUACGAGGGUGGAUCAGAAGCUCAGUCAUCUAUGGAUCCUCAAUUGGAGCGUCAAGUGGAGACUAUUAGGAAUUUAGUAGAUUCGUACAUGAAAAUUGUUACGAAAACUACCCGUGAUCUGGUUCCAAAGUCAAUUAUGCAUUUGAUCAUUAACAAUGCCAAGGAUUUCAUUAAUGGGGAGCUGUUGGCACAUCUGUAUGCGAGUGGCGAUCAGGCUUCAAUGAUGGAAGAAUCACCCGAGGAAGCACAAAAACGGGAAGAAAUGUUGCGCAUGUACCACGCAUGCAAAGAAGCUCUUCGGAUCAUUGGAGAUGUUUCGAUGGCCACGGUCUCCACCCCAGUGCCCCCGCCGGUGAAGAACGACUGGUUGGCGUCCGGCGAGAAUCCAAGUCUUGGGUUAUCACCACCAUCUCCUGGUGGUCCCAGACGUGGAGUGACACAGCCACCACCUCUUUCUAGUUCUCGAGCACCCCCACCGGUUCCAGCUGGUGGCCGGCCAGCACCGGCUAUCCCCAACCGACCUGGACCCGGUGGACCACCACCGGCCCGUGCUACUCCUGCCCUACCGCCUCCACUAAUACCAUCUCGCGGGGGUGGUCUGCAGCAGAGGAUUACGCAAGCCGCGACACAGGCCGCAGCAAAUGCCGCCGUGAACGAGCUGAUGGAUGCAUUCAAGAUCAAGCGUCCCGUACCCAAUAUUCCUCCCCGAAUUCCCGACAGACCGUACCAGGGCCGGUUAAACUGAGCUAGUCCACGGAAAGCGCACGACACCUGUGCACAUCUACGCCCGAGACCGUUCGGAGAGAUUCGUUAAGCGAAACGAUCCGAGCCCGGAGGAGCCGAGACGAAGCUCUGGGGGACGAACAGGAUAAAACGCAUCACCUGUUGCCCGGGCAGCGUCUAGAGCCCGGGCAGGAAUCAUCCAUCCUCUCCAGGACCAGGCAGUCAGGACGCGUCCUUCGGAUCCAGGCCACCCACGCGAAACAACCUUGAAGCUACGGGGGAAAGACUUGUCGAGGCGCUCGUCUUCGUGGUCGCGAGACCAGCGGGGAGAAGAUUUCAUUCGGUGGGGAGGCGAGCACGCGACGCCGGACACUUACACGGGAACACAGGACGAUCCAUGGAGCAGGAGGAGGAACAAGGCUGUGCCAGAAAACAUAAAAACGGAAGAGAAAGAGGGACCAAGAAAUGUCGUCGGACGACGAGACGAUCGGUACCAGGCCGGGAGAGGUCCGUGUCUCCGAGGGCCGGCAGCCAGAGAUUCGCAAUCAGUCACUUCUAACUUCUUCUUUCUCUGACAUACUUCGUCUUCUAUGUUAUUUAUAUUCGUUAAACCGCGUUUAAGUUUAGCUGCUAAGUAUUGGCGCGCUGGAUGCGCGCGAUGUCAAACUCCGGAGGAUUACGAUUCGUUAGCCUCGUAUUCGGUGACAAGGAUGGGUCUUCCGACAGGAUUCGCGUGGCUAUACGUAGGAUUCCGUGGUUCGAUAACAUUUCGGUUUCGUUUGGAGCUGUCAGUAUUAUAGGUAAGAGAGGAAAUCGACGGCGGUGUAUCAUCUCCGGUCUGUGUGCGGGGCGCGCCUCUUCGGGGCGCAUAUAUAUAUAUAUGAUUGAACUUGGACAGAAAAUCGUUGCCCGGUAUAGCCACUGGAAACACCGACAUCUUGUCCGAAGACUCCUGUCUAUGAUAUUGUUGGAGCGAGAUUCGUGGACGGUGUAUAUUAUGCAACCCGAUUACCUCGAUUUUAGAAGAACUUACUAGAUCAAAAGUGUAUAUGGGCACACCCUGCGGUUUGGGGAUGGUGCUGACGAACACAGGCGGCCGACAACAGCAUUCCAGAAACGCUUGUUCGCGAUUCACCGGGAUACUGACGUUACAUCACCCCCUUCUUCAUCAUCUUCUUCUUCUUCUUCGUCUUCUUCUACUACUACUACUUCUUCUUCUUCUUCUUCUUCUUCUUUUUGUACCAGUAAUUUAUUUCAAGUACGAUGAACGAUGCCAUUUUACAGCUCGGGUUUUGUAGGGACGAAAUUUCUCCUAUCGAACAACGAAUAAGAUAAAAGACGUGUGAAACGGGGACAUACGAUUUGCCACGCGAACACGCCCGCGAUAAAUAAAUAAAAAAAACGGGAUUAUUUUCUGUUAAACGACGUUCACGCCGAGUGUGUUGUUCAUUUUUAUCUGUUUAUACGGUCACGAUUUUUGCAUCUUGAAAACUGUUUAGCCGUUGUGAUAGAGAACGCUUUCUUUCCGGAGGGACCGGCGGGGCCCGAGGCCCGCGAAAUUUGUCCCACGAAAGAACGGUUAAUUAUUUUUAAAACGGAAACCAAUGUUGUAAUAUGUACAUACAAAUCAAAUACGAGUAUAGUAUUAUGUGUCGAUGUACGUGCUUGGAGGGAAGGACUUCUUUUUGUAUUACCAAACUUCACACGCUGAUAGCCAAUCUGCUAUGAUACGCGACACCGACUGACGAAAUAAAUGAUAUUUAAUACAA